AUGCCCCGUUCUUCAAGCGCAACACCAUCGGACAGCUCGCAUGAUAGUGAAUCUCCGAGAAGACGAGCUGCUUCUGUGACCGAGGACGCGAUGGAACUCGACCAUCUGUCCACAGUCUCCGACGAUUGUGAACAUAUUGUUGCUUUCAAAGCAUCAUCUCGUAUGCUUGCCAACUACGAUAAGGGCCUGAAUUGGUCAGCUUCGUCAGCAUUGGCCAAGGCGCUGGACAUGCUGUCUGGGACCGUAUUCUGUGGCUCAUGUGACGACUUCCACAUGUUUGAAAGGUCGCAAAUUGACGAUGAAACACCCAAUACUGCGAUGGGUCCUUCUGGUGAAUCCAUUUCCACUACUUCUAACGUAUAUACUGAGGUCUUUAGAUCGCGGGCGAAAGAAACGGGUCGUCCGGCCUUGGAAACCUUCCACGGACGAGAAAGCGGCAAUUCUAAAAACUUCAAAUAUUUCUUGCGGUCCAAGAAGAGGGUUUUUGAACCUGGGCUUUGUGAACAACAGAACUGCAUGUGCUGCGAACUAGAUCAACUCUUCACGGAGACAUUUUCGGAGCCGUCCUCCUCAGGAUCCAUUCCGGAAGCUCCAGCUGGAACCGGUCCGCCUCUAGGUCCACUAUCUCUUCUGAGAACGACAUGGGAAAACAGCAACGAUAUUGCUGGUUAUGCUCAACACGAUGCACACGAGUACUUUAUUGCGGUUCUCAAUCAACUUCAUCACGGUUGCCCGGGCUCUACCCAUGAGGCAUCGUGCAAUUGCAGCAUACAUCAGAUAUUUGCUGGACAAUUGCAAAGUGAUGUCAAAUGCGGAAAAUGUGGUCAUGUAAAUCCCACAGUUGACCCAAUGCUGGACAUCAGCCUGGAACUCAAGGGAAUACAAGAAGGAAAAGGGAUCACCCUAGCAUCUUGUCAGGAGAAACUUCAGCCAAAGGCCUACGUUUGUGGUCAAUGCCACUCUUCGUCAAGUGUAAGUAAACUUGGUUGCUUCUUUCUGAGUACUCACUAUGCACAGGAGGCAACCAAGCAACUGAGCAUCAAGAAAUUACCGCCAGUUUUAUGUAUUCAGCUGAAGAUCGAUAUACCAGUCAAAUUCCCGGUCGUUAUUAAUAUGACGCCUUAUACUACUGCUGCCAUAGGAAUGCGCGACAAAGAUACGGGCCCACGUGACUUGAAUGCCUUGCCGACAUAUGAUUAUGAAUUAUUUGGUGUCAUCAAUCACGAGGGCCAGCUGAAUACUGGCCACUACACCAACUUUGCAAGGCACCAAAGUGAACUUAUUUCACUCACCGUUCGAUCUAACGAAACCUAUCGUAAGGGUCACGCAUGCUACUCUCAAAGAAGUUCUAAACUCUUGGUUCCGCCAGCCAUCACCAUCGACACUAAUAUCGUUUCUGCUGUCCCAGCCGAGUCGUCUAGUGACCGCAUAUACCUAGGCACAAAUUUAGGCAACCUUUUGGUGUAUAGCUUAGACAAGACAGAAGGUAACGAUCUCAUAAAACAUAGUAUACAAUCAAGUUCUGAUCUAUUACUAGAUGGUACAUUUCAUGCCACCCUGGAAGAGGUGAAGAAGUCGUUGGUCAGACGUAGUGUUGAACAACUUGGCUUCAUCAAGGACACGUAUUCCCUUAUCUCUCUUGCUGCUCCACCAAAGGUUAUAGAAACACGAGGAGCACUCUGUUUCUCCCUCGAUACAACUGUAAUCUACACCAAUGAAGAUGGGACAACAACUAAUACAAAAGAUCCAUCAGCUAAACAGAUUCCUGCUGUCGUCACAUUGCUAGCCAUUGGUUGUAGACGAAGAAUCGUUAUUUUUUCGUGGAAAGAUGGGGAGCCACAAAUGCCACCAAAG